GUUCACAGAUCCAAGUCCAGACAUCUUCCGUCCACACAACUUCAACUGACGCAUCUCCUCCGCGGCUUUCCUUGACCGCCCGCCGCCGCCGCAUGCUUGACGCCGCGGCGCUAGUCCUCCUCGCCUCGCCGUCGACCGCGCCGCGAGUGUCUUCCUCCCAGCCCCGCCUUCGACUGCCAGUGUCUCCACCCCUCGCCUCCAGUGUCUCCCUCCCUCCUCGCCGCCGCCGCCAGGGUCUCCACCACUCGCCGCUGCUAGUGUCUCGACCGCCAUCUUCCCCCACCUGACCUCCUCUUCUUCUCAAGCAAACCAGGUUGUGUAUGUGGAAUACCCUUGCACGCAAAAGACUAAGAGUGAUUGGAUUGCAGUGUGCCACGUUCACCCUAGAGAGGAUCCAAGUUUUUGGAGUUGAGUAAGACGAAUAAGAAGAACAGAAGAAAGGGAAGAGAGGAUGGUCCUGCUCUUGGGACUUAUUGUGGAGGCUAAGGAGAAAGGGGCGCCUGUGCCGUUGGAUAAGGUUAUCAUCCACACAAAGACAAAGAAGCACAACGACAAGACUUGGGUGGAUUCGGGACAUGCUGAGCUACAGGCCCAAUUCUUCGAACUGCGCGAGGAGGCUAGACAGAAUGGGCUUAAAGUCACCGACAAGGAAAUAUGGUACUCGUUAGUCAAGGGCCAUAACGCGAAGAACUGCAUUUGUGGAGUUGGUGACUACGAGCGGGAAAUGAGGAAGAUCAACCUGUCCUCCAAACCUCGCCGUUCCAGCACUAGUAGCAGUAGCGCAACGGAGAUAGCAGCACUUAAAGAGCAAAAUCAAAUGUUGCAAGAACAAAUUGAUAAUCUAACCUCGAGCUUGUCGCUCACGAUUUAGGAGGAGAUAAGGAAGUUAUAUGGUGGUAACCUUCCUACAUGAGGCAAUGAUGAUGGAACAAGAGGUGUAGGGUUGACACCUUUGAGAUUUGACACUAACACUUUAAUAUUUAGUGUUUUUACAAUAUUAUGAAUUAUGUUACAUUUGCACGUGAAGUUUUCAUUAAUCUAGUUUUGAAUUAUGUAUUUUGUAUUGAUAUCUUGUUUAGAAUUAUGUGUGAAAAUUGAAUGUGUUUUGCCCCCAAUUUUAAUAGCUACUGCCAAAAAAUAGAAAAAACUAGUGGCUGCGAU